CCAUUUUAUCCAAUCGGUAAGGAUUCAACUACCGGUAGGCAAAAUAGAGUCAACUAGGCAAAAUAGAGGCUACUAGUAAAAACUCGCCACAAACCUUUAAUUCGGAAUUUCGCCGAAGUAGGGUGAAUGUGGACAACAUGCAACAGCUUUACGUCGCAUGGGGGCGACGUUGGCUCCGAAGGCAAAUCAGUGCAGAUAGACUGAAUGUGGAUUCUAAAGGGGAACAUUCCAGUGCAGGCAAUGAUAUUUGCCCUAAACACUUCGGAAAAGGAGACCAAGGUUCCAGAAAGUCUUCAUUCUCCUCCAAUACAACUCAAGAGACCUUCACGCUUGAUGGAGCGCUGGUUGCCAUCGGCUUCGGGCGGUUGCAGUGGAAAAUUUUAUUUCUCACUGGUUUUUCAUGGGUGGCAGAUGCCAUGGAGAUGAUGAUCCUCAGCAUCCUGGGGCCCAAGUUGCAUUGUGAUUGGAGGUUGCCCAGCUACCAAGUAGCCCUCAUCACAUCGGUGGUGUUUAUCGGGAUGGGCUUCAGUUCACCUAUAUGGGGCAAGUUGUCUGACAGCUACGGUAGGACAAAGGGGCUGACCAUGUGCACAUGCUGGACUCUUUACUACAGCUUACUGGGUGCCUUUGCGCCUAAGUUUGGCUGGAGUUUUGGUGUUGCGUGGCCUCGUAGGAUUCAGCACCUCAAUCGGGAGUUUUAUAUUUUAAUAUGGAUGUUUUUUUUGUUUUUCUUUUAAAAGCUAGCAUUAACUGUACGCUUGUUUCCAGGGUGACUCUGUACUCCGAAUUCCUCCCGUCGAAUGCGAGAGGCCUCUCCAUCAUCCUUAUAGCGGUACUUUGGCCGCAUCAUGUGCAGCACUUUGAACAUGUCUGUUACGGCGCACACGCAGUCUGCUUCUCCCUCCUCGGCGGGAGCACCUAGAAGCUCCGCUGUGAGCUCCGCAAGACGCGCCGCCACAGCCGGAAGCUAUCAGCAAUCAGCGCACCUGGGCCUGAUGAGAGGGAGCUGAAUAAAGGACCAGUGGACUCAAGGAUCCUGGCGGGAACUUAGUUUCUCAAUGGUGUAUCUGCCCUCCCGAGUUUUGCCCUUGGUGAUUCUUCCGUUGUUCCCCCUGUGGAUUUUGGACUGCCUUCCUCGAUCCUUGACCCUCGCCCGGACACGGACCUCGUCACUCCUCUCCUGCCCUGGAUCACCUGCCUGCCCCACGGACUGCCUGGUUCCUUCGCUCUCAACACUUGGUAACACACACUUCAGCUAACUACACACAUAGCCUCACACACACACACACUCUUGGGUUUUGACACUCUCCUUUUUCUUAGUUUAUUUUAUUAGUUAGUAUUGUUUAAUAUUAUUAUAUAUAUUUACUAUAUGUAUAAUAAAUUAUUGAACAUUACUGCCCCCUGAU